GCCCCGCGAAAGAAGACUUCGAAUUCCACCAAAAGAGAGAUGUUGGACUGAUUGGUUGCAAGAUGAUUUCUUAAAACAAGGUUCGCCAAAGGCCGCGAACACAAAAUGGCCACGGAUCCAGGCAGCGCAACUGAUGUUGUGUUCGGCGAAGUUUCGGAGGGCGAGGCCACGGAGAAGAAAGGAUUCUUCAUCCAUCCGCGGUCGCGCGCUUAUCGAACAUGGGAAACUUGUAAUGUAUUUUUUUGCUUCCUAACGUUCGUCAUCGCACCGUUCCAAGCCUCCUUCGACUCCAGCAUAACUUUUCUUUGGGUCGUAGUCUACCUAUUGGACGCAUCCUUCUUUUUGGACAUCGUUUCGAAAUUUCACUUGGCAUUCUUCGAGAAAGCAUCGAUAAUUACAGACAAGGCGCGCAUCAGACGAAACUACAUCAAAGGGCGGUUCCUCCUGGACCUGCUGUCUGUGUUACCUCUUGACCUGAUCGCACUUUGGUUGACAGUCGACAAAAUGGAGCCAAGCCAAGUCCUAGCUUUUGUCCGAUUGAAUAGACUGCUGAGACUUCACAGGAUUAUGCAGUACUUCGAUGCCCGAGAUAACGAUCUUCGCUCGAACACCACCACAGUUAGGGCGUUCAGAUACAGCGCCAUGUCGUUCAUCAUUAUCCACCUAUUUGCAUGUGGCUGGUACUAUCUGGCAUGUGACAACAUGGCCGAUGGCAAAGGCAAAUGCAUAACUAAAUCCUGGGCCAAUCUGAAAGCAGCCAAGGAAAUGUUGGAGUUUGGUGCGUUUCCACGAUAUAUGACGGCGCUUUAUUGGGCAACGGCCACUGCUUCUUCUACCGGGUUUGGAGAUAUUCAUGCAGUUACAGACUCAGAGAAGUGGUAUUCCAUUCUUUGCAUGUUGAUUGGUAUUGCCUACUUCUUUGGCCUUUUGCUUGGAAGUAUGGCUUCAAUUAUUACUAACCUUGAUGCCAUGCGAGCCAGUUAUAAUCACCAUCUCACUGCCAUCAAGCAGCAUAUGCAAGACCUCAAUAUAUCUAAGAAAGUGCAGGAGCGUGUUGUUGCAUACUAUGAAUACCUGUGGUUAACUACAGAGGGAGUAAACACUCAAGGAAUAUUUAAGGAUCUGCCUGUCACUCUACAAACUGAGCUUGCUCUUAGCAUCAACAACAAAGUACUAGAAAAGGCUGAGGUAUUCAAAGAUCUCAGUGCUGGCUCCAAGCGGAUGCUCACCACAUACAUCAAGCCUGUGUUCUUCAUGCCUGACCAAGUAAUCAUCAACAAAGGCGAUGUUGGGAGUGCAAUGUAUUAUAUCCAUAGGGGAAAAGUUGAGGCUUUAAGUGAAGAUGGGGUUAAAGUGGUUCUAGAAGAAGGACACUUAUUUGGAGAGGUUACACUGGUGUAUAACAUUCUGCGCACCACUGUUGUGCGUGCCAUCACACCCUGUGUUAUCUGUGUGCUUGAACGCCAGGACAUGAACAAAGUGCUCAACUACUAUCCUAAGGGUACAGGUCAAUCUCUUCAAAAACUCCACAACAUUGUUGAAGAUCGCUGUGAGAUUGUUCAGUCUAAAGGAAACUCUGUCCUAGAAAUGACAACUGAUGAAGCAAACCAUGAACUCUUACAUACUGUGGGCUACAAAGAACCGACAAAUAAAGGGCAUAGCUUCUGGCAGCGUCUGACAACAACAGUGAUCCACCCCCACUCCAAAAAGCUGUACAUAUGGGAGCGUGUGCAUCUGGGGGCACUAGUUCUUACCUUCAUGCUGAACUCAUUUGUUGCUUCAUUCUCUGUUGGGCUCCAUCACCUUGGUUAUGGCGAGAAUAUCUACAUGAAUAUCAUCCUAUUUGUUUCUUACAUCCUUGAUGCCAUUCUUAUUUGCGAUUUUCUGCUGAGAUUCAACCUUGCCACAGCUGCAACAUCAGAUUUGAAGAAGAUCCGUGCCAACUACAUUCGCACAAAACUUUUCUGGCUUGACCUGCUAGCUAUAAUUCCCAUUGAGAUCAUUGCUUUUGGCUUCUCGGGUCACUUUCGCUGGCACAUGCUUUCUUUCCUGAAACUCAACCGCUUCUUUAAGAUUGGACGGCUUGUAUCACAUUUUGAGGAGCUUGAGAACAGGUUUGACUCCAGUGUCGCAAACAUCCGUGGACUCAAGUAUGGAAUCUACAUUCUCCUGACAACUCACAUUUCUGCCUGCCUUUGGAUUUUUGAAGCCUGCUAUGGCGAUGACUGUCAGCACGGUAGCUGGGCGGAGCAUGUUAUUCAGAUCAAAGAUUCUAUUGGUCUGCGAGAGUAUGUAGCAAGCAUGUACUGGUCCGCCGCUGCUAUGAGUUCGACUGGAUAUGGUGACAUCCAUGCCCACGAUGCUCUGAGUGAGAUAAUCUCCAUCAUAGUCAUGUUCACUGGGUUGCUGCUCUAUGGUUACUGCCUCUGUGGCUUCUCUGCCACAAUUGCAAACACGAUGAAGCCUAAGGCAGAGUUCCAAGAGCGUGUAGAUGCUGCUGUCAAAUUCAUGACAACCCAAAACCUUGACUCCACCCUUAUUCAGCGUGUGAUUGACAGCCUUUCUAUGGUUUGGAAAAUGCACAGAGGAGAAAAUAUCCCAGGAAGCAAGCGCCUGAUGGCAGAUAUGCCGGUCAGAUUACAGCAGGAAGUCUGUGCUGAGGAGUGCACUGAUCUAAUCAAGCAGGUCCCUAUUUUUGUUGAGAGCGAUGAAAACUUCAUGCGGACUCUAUCACUCCACACGACAUCUUAUGUCUUCAAGCCAGGUGAUUACAUCGUGUACGCUGGUGACAUGGGGCGGGAGAUGUACUGCAUCAGAAGAGGCCAAGUGAACAUUUUAUGUGAGGAUAACGUUAUAGGUACAUUGGGUCCUGGGAGCUUUUUUGGAGAGAUUGGCCUUAUUUAUGGCGAGAGCCGUUUUGCUACAGUUCAAGCUAAAACUUACUGCCAAAUCCUGAUGCUGACAAAACACGAUCUUGACGAAGUCCUAGAAGAAUUCCCUAUCAUCAAAAGGCAAAUCACUGAAGCUGGCGCUCGACAUGCUAUGUUCAGCAAUAAAAAUCAGAAUAAGACACGUAAAGCAAUCCGUCGCCUCUCACUAGAGGCUUCACAGCGGGCCCAAGCAUCCAGAGUAGCCUACAAGAACAAGCUGGACGUGAUCAAAGCUAAAAAGAAGAACUAUGUCAUUCCAGAGUCUGAAAUAGAAAAGGGAGAUAGUGAUGAUGCAGAUGGAGCAGAUGAUGAAGUCUUUACUGAGGAUGAGAUCAGAAGAGUGUACCAAGACAUGGCACCUGUGGCCCGAAUUUUCUCCUGUCUUCUUAUGAGGAAAGGCAUUUCACCCAAGGCAGUGUGGUUCCGUGUGUGGCAAGGAAUCACCACCACCAUCGCUGGUUUUUACCUGGCCACUGUAGUUCUACAGGCUGCCAUCCUACACAUUGACAUCACCUUCUGGACGCUCCACUAUUGCUUUGAGAUUGUGUUUCUUGCAGACAUCUACAUCAAGUUCCAUGUUGGCUACUACAGCAAAAACAAAGUUCUUGUGACACACCCUGUUUACACAGCAAGGAAGUACCUUAGGGGAAACUUUGUUAUAGAUGUGUUGGCAAGCUUCCCAACUGAGAUCUUUAUACUUGCUUCCAUGCCACUAAAUAUAAGCAUCUUACGCAUCCUAGCAUUUGUCCGCCUCAACCGAUGUAUCCACUUCUACCGACUUGUCCAGUUUUUCAGCUACAUGGAAGAGCCUUUGGGUUACUGGGCUAACUUCUACAGACAACUAAAGUUUGUGAUCUACAUGUCUCUGUUUACACACUACGUUGCUUGUGGAUGGUUCAUUUUGGCUUGUGAUGGACAGGAUGAUGGCAGCCAUCUUUGUAGAAAAGAAUACUGGGCCAUGAGCUCUGGACACUCGCUCAAAAAGGAUGACCCCGUCUUCGAGAGAUAUUUGAUCAGCUUCUACUGGGCUGCGGCCACUUGUGCAUCUGUUGGGUAUGGAGACAUCCGCUCAUACCAGGUGUCGGAGAUGACCUAUUCAUUCUUCUUCAUCGUUAUCGGCAUCGUGUUCUACGGGUACAUCGUGGCUAGUGUAGCCGCUGGUCUGGCAAACGCAGAUGCACAGAGAGCUCGCUUCCAGGAGAGACUCGAUUCUAUCAAAGAUUUCUUGCAAGAAGAAAACAUCAAUGAGCAUGUCAAAUCCAAAAUCAUCAAUCAUUAUGAGUAUACAUGGCUGAGGAACCGUGGUGUCGACUCCUCGACGUUGUUUGAAGGCAUCCCACUCUCGCUUCAUGCUGACAUCACCAUCAGCUUGUAUAAAGAUGCCAUCGAAAAGGUCCCUCUAUUCCAAAAUAAAGACAUCGGCUUUGUCAAGAUGUUGUCCUUACACGUGAAGCCCAUCUAUUUCUUGAGUAAUGAAUACAUCGUGCAGAAGGGGGAGAUUGGACAUGAGAUGUUCUUCAUCCACAAGGGUGAAGUGGACGUGGUUACGGAUGAUGACCCACCCAUCGUGCUUACAACACUCAAAGCUGGCAGUUUCUUUGGCGAGAACAGUGUGCUAUUUGACAGCCCCCGCACUGCUUCUGUCAGAGCUCGUAUAAACUGUGACGUGUAUGUGCUGACCAAGAAUGACAUGGCUGAGGUACUGUCCCACUACCCGGAGAUCAAGGAGGAGAUGCUGCGCGCUGCUGAAGAGAACGAGCGCUUACUCCAGGAGAAGGCAGCCUUGGCAACCGAAGCUCUUCCCACCGACGACGACCAGAGGAACUGUGAGACACCUGGAUUAGCCGUGGACAUGCCAGAAGACGAGGGCGUCACUGUCAAAACACCAAGGAACUGCUGCGGUGCCAUCUUGAACUUCCUUUGGGUAAAACUGAGCGAGUUCGUGAUCGAGCCGGACAGCAAGUUGCAUUACAUCACAUUCCUCAACUGUGCCCUCAUUUUCCUGACCAGUAUCACCAUCACUUUCACCGUGGCCUUCCAAGAGCAUGCUUUGUACAUUCACCUGUUUAAUUAUGCAGCCGAGCUCUGCUUCUUUGUCGAGAUAUUCUUCAAGUUCAACAUGGCUUACCGUCUGCCCACUGGUGUACUUGAGACUGAUCAGCGUCGUAUUGCCACACAUUACGUGAAAGAGGGAUUCAUUUUUGACUUUGUAGCGUCCUUCCCACUCGAGAUCUUUGCCUUGGCUGCGCCUGAGGGAAGCAAGCUUGAAGUGUUGUCCUACCUUAGAUUGACCCAUCUCCUCCGAAUUCUCCGACUUUCACAAUUCUUCAACGAGUAUGGCAACAAGCUUAACAUCAACGUUUUUGAGGUGCGCAUGACUAAAUUCGUCUUGUACGUGAUUCUGACUGUUCACAUGUUCGCAUGUGGUUGGUACUUCAUGGACUGCCCCGGUAAUAAGUGCGACCCUAAAGAACGCUAUUGGCUUGACGAUCACGGGCUUCGAGGCGAGGCGGGGCUGACAAUCUACGUUUCAGCCCUGUACUGGGUCGUAGCGUCCGUUACCACCACUGGCUAUGGAGACAUCCACGCUGACAACAACAACGAAAUGAUUUACGCGAGCUUUGUGAUGGUUGGCGGGAAGCUGCUGUUCGGUUUUAUUCUCAGUAACAUCGCCUCCACACUAUCUAACUUGGAGAUGAAACAGUUCGGAUACAGAAAGAAGCUGGAAGUCGUCAAGCACCAUCUAAAAAAGGAAAUGGCACCCGUGGAGCUGCAAGAGCGUGUUAUUAACUUUUACGAGUUCAUUUGGUUCAAGAACAAGGGAGCAAAGUUUAGCUCUCUCUUUUACGACAUCCCUCACUGCCUUGGUGGCGAACUAGCUAUGGAACUUGUAGGAGAUGUUCUAAAGAAGGUGCCCGUUUUAUCUGGGGCUUCAGACCCUUUCAUCCGGCUCUUGAGCGCUAAGGCUCAGCCGUGUCAGAUCAGGGCUGGCGAGUACAUCAUUCGCAAGGGAGACAUCGGCCAGCAGCUUAUUAUCCUCAAGCGAGGAACAGCGGCUAUCGUGAAAAGCGAAGAUCCCGAAAAGCUGGAGGAGAUGGUGGUGAACUCUUUCUACGGUCAGCGGUAUCUACUAUUAACAGGUCCCUAUCUCGAGUCUGUUCGUGCGAUCACUAACGUGGACGUGUUCUUAUUGGACAAGAAAGACCUAUAUGAGGUGCUGAAGUUCGACCAAGUCACCAAACAGCGAGUCCAACAGGCUGUAGCAGAUAUUAAUGCGUCCAUGCAACUCGUGCCUGCCAACUAGCUUACUCGAGUCUUACACUAUUCCAAAUGAACUUUGCCUUGUUUUGAUUAAUUCUACCCCUCUGUCUGUUUAGCGUAUCUUGCUUUUUGUUUUGUUGUGCAACCAUUUACCCCUAUUAUUUGAUCGUUGUACCCAUUGUUCUUGAACCCAGACCCCUGAAAUUAAACUUGUAAUUUUUUUCGGAUAUCAAAAGUAAACUGAAGUAAACUGUCUUUUAAA